UGCGCUGGGGUUUGCCAGAGGCGUUCGGACGGACGGAGAAGCGAUAGCAGCUGGACGGGUCUUGCUCUGUGCCGGCCGCCGGGAGCCGGGCGGCGGCAAACAUGAAUGUUGGAGUUGCCCACAGUGAGGUGAAUCCAAAUACCCGUGUUAUGAACAGCCGGGGUAUGUGGCUGACAUAUGCUUUGGGAGUUGGCUUGCUUCAUAUUGUCUUACUCAGUAUUCCCUUCUUCAGUGUUCCUGUUGCUUGGACCUUAACCAAUGUUAUACAUAAUCUGGGUAUGUUUGUAUUUUUGCAUGCAGUAAAAGGAACACCAUUUGAAACUCCUGACCAGGGUAAAGCAAGACUCCUAACUCAUUGGGAACAACUGGACUAUGGAGUCCAGUUUACUUCUUCACGGAAGUUUUUCACAAUUUCUCCAAUAAUUCUAUAUUUUCUGGCAAGUUUCUAUACGAAAUAUGAUCCAACUCACUUCAUCCUAAACACCGCUUCUCUCCUGAGUGUGCUAAUUCCCAAAAUGCCACAGCUACAUGGUGUUCGGAUCUUUGGAAUUAAUAAGUAUUGAGAUUUUUUGAAGCUAAAAAAAAAUAUUUUCCGCUACUGAGUUUCCUAUGAGGAAGAAGUGGUUAGUAAACUGCACUAUUUCUAUGAUAAUGUGAAAAUGAGGUAUUUACAUUGGAGGACCAACUGUUAGUUCUUCAUAUGCUGUUUUGAAGUGCAUAGUUUUACUAAAAGAUGCCUCUGUUUAAUGCAUCUAGUAUAUUUCUGAAGAGAGGCUUUAUAGGUAACCUUGCUGGGCAGGCCCAGCUUAUAAGUUAAAUGACUAUAGAGUAAGGGUGUAAUAGAUAAAUCCAAGCCAAGUAAGAUUUGUAAGAAAUUAGGACCAGCUUAGCUUAUAGUUGAAUAGGUAUUAUGUUAGGAGGAGAAAAUUUCCAAUCAUUAAGUCAUGGUCACUUUUAACAGACUUGCAUAUAAACCAAAAUCAUCUCUUUACAAGUUUAUUAUUAUACAUUGUUUUUUUAUUACC